AUGGAUGAUUCUCGUCCAACCUUCGUUUUGCAUUCGUUUCGUUCUUUUUCGAGAAGCACCAGUGAAGCAGAAACAAUGUUCAAGGAAUUGAACGAAGCAUUGAAGAGAACAGGACCGCGAAUAAAAAGAAAGAAGAAACAGUUCAUGAAGAACGCCUACUGCGAGGACGGAGGAGUACAACUUGAAGGCUCCCAAAUCGUGGAAACUUCGUCAUACACAUAUCUCGGACGUUCUAUGAAUAUCGAAACUGACUUGAAGGAGGAACUGAAUAGAAGUAUGAGAGCAACAUGGGCAGCAUUCACACCGUCCAGGGAAGCUAUGAACCAACUGAAGGAACAAGAUCUCCGUGCCCAUCAGUUCGACUCGACACUUCUUCCAGCGCUCUAUUACGCAGCGGAGACGUGA